CCACUGAAGCCGCACAUUGGACGCUGUUGCGACGGCGCGACGUUGUCUCUGGGCGGACGCGGGGCUGUGACAGCGUUGAAACGGUUAACAGUGUCAAAAGCUCAGAGGAGUGUCGUUUAGUCAUUUGUUUGACUUUUUGACACUUUUUCAUCACAACCUUUUUGGGGGGCGUUAUUUACACGUCAUAGUGGAUAUUUGACAGAUAAACUGUGGUAAAAAUCCAAUUUGACAAACUUUUUUUUUUUUAAUAGUAAGGGGUUUUAAAAUGCGUUGAGAAACUUGAAGAAAGAUAAUCAAGCGCAUCACGAUGACAGAACCAGCAGAGCAGACCGACCACCUGAAAAGUUCGGCCAGCCCAUCAGGUGGGAGCAGCGGCGGCGGCGGCGGCUCCAAGCAUCUCCCAGCCGGCCACCGGGCUGCACCGCCGCACAACGGCGACAGAGGGCGCCAGAUGAGCGACAAGCACCACCAGGAUGUCAACAACGACAAGUUGAGGGGGGUGUGUCCCGGAAACGAGUCCCCCAACGCCGGGGACGCGCCGCCACCGCCCGGGGUGCUCCACGUCGACUCUGACACCGGCCUGGUAGUGGACGCCCGCCUCGGCAGGAAGCGGCACCGGCGCCGCGCCGCCAAGAAGAAGCGCCACUGGAAGCCCUACUACAAACUUUCCUGGGAGGAGCGGAAGGCGCUUGACGAGCGGGAGACCGCCAGGGCGUCCCGUCUGCGCGAGGAGAUGUUCGCCAAGGGGCUCCCGGUGGCUCCGUACAACACCACCCAGUUCCUCAUGGACGAGCACGACCGCGAGGAGCCGGACCUCAACACCGAGGCGCGGCGGCCGGACGACACGGGCAGCGAGGAGGACUUGUUCGAGCACGACGACGAGGACGACGACGACGGGAGCGCUGGCGGCGGCGGCGGAGGAGGAGGAGGAGGCGGGGGGAGCAGCGACGGCAUCGGAAGGCCGGGCAACGCCGGCGGGGAGUUUCUCCAGCGGGACUUUUCCGAGACCUACGAGAUGUACCACGUCGAGAGCCUGCAGAACAUGACCAAGCAGGAGCUGGUGAGGGAGUACCUGGAGCUGGAGAAGUGCAUGUCCCGCCUGGAGGAAGAGAACAACCGGCUGAGGCGCGCCGCCCUGGAGCCCGGAGGUGGCGGCAUGAGCGUGGAGGAGCCUCUAGCGCGCCUUCGGGAGCUGGAGCGGGAGCUGGAGAGACUGAAGGCUCAGAAUACGGAGCUCCUGCUGCGGAGCCAGCCCGCCACUGACAAUUAGGGACGCUUGGCAAACUAUUCACAACAAGGUAAUAAACAACCACGACAUUCUCCUAUCCGGACUUGAACUUUUUCUUUUUUUGGGGGGGAGUGGAAUCAACAUUUGGCCAGAGGAAAAAUAAAUAAAUACAGAACUACCUUUUCCUAACUGGACUUUCAUUUAAAAAAAUUUGGGGGUCAACUUUUGGACCGAGCUUUAAAAACAUGAGCAAAAACAAAAAAAACUUUUACCAAUUUUUGACUUUUUUUGUCUGUCUAUAUUUGGCCCAAAGUUAAGAGAGGGGAACAAAAAAAAGCAUUUGGACAAUUUAUUUUUGUCAACAUUUGGCCUGAGGUAGUAAAGAAAUAAAUCCCCCCCAAAAAUACUUUUUCCUAUCUGGACUUAAAAAAAAAAAAAUCAAAGCAAAAACAACUGUUUCGUAUUAGGACUUUUUGUCAACAAGUCAUCAUAUCUUGUAUGGACUUUAAAUGUUGUUGUUUUUUUUUUUUUUUUUCCUUCGGUCUUUAAGUUUCUUGUCAAAAUGUUUUAAAUUUACAAACGUUCUGUUGUAUUUUGUCCAUCACAACCGCAAGAAAGAUGACAACCAAUCAUGCCAGUCAAGUCCAAUGUUUACCAUUUUGUGUUACCAGCAUUCAAUAAAAAUCAUGUGUGUGACUAACAAACACGCAUUUGUGUGUCAAUAUACACUUGACCUAUUAGUGUGAAGGCCCUCCUGAAAUAGCUGUUGAUUACUUUUUGAAGGCCUCAAAAUGCCCGAAGAUUCACCAGUUCACGCCCCCACCCCCUCUAAAAAUUGUUUUUAAUUUCUGUAAAAAGUUGGGAAGAGUACUCUCGAAAUGUAGUUGGUUACAAUUGCAAGUUACCCUGUUGAAAAUGUAAUGGCAUAACUAUUUCAAUGCUCCCUAAUAACACAUUAUAAAAAGGUUUGUUGCAUUAUAUGUAUAAACGUGUUAAACUACCAUACCUUGUUGACUUAAUGACAAAUGUACACACUUUAGACAUUGCUUUAUAUGACAACCCGGGUAAGUGGAUGUUUCCAUUAAAAAGCCCAGAAUUAUAAAGAUGAAACUGUUGAGAAGUUGAUAUUCUUUUGUGUAACUAUAGUCUUAACCUUUUCAAAUAAAUGGAUUGCACCACAAGAUGGCGAUUCAAUGUCAUAUAUUGGGUAAAAUGUCAUGGUUGAGACAACCACAGAAUGACACAAGCCAAUCACAAGCAUCGUCUUUAGGAGGAAGUGAGAUGAGUUUUUGUGGCUAUUUUUCAAAUGGACCCAAAAUUGGUAAUCAAACCAAA